AUGCGUCUUCUCAAGUAUGGAGAAAAAGAAGACCUUUCUAUCGCCGAGUUUAAUGAAGACACAAAGCCGCCGUAUGCGAUACUUUCCCAUAGGUGGGGAACGGAAGCGGACGAGGUAACCUUCGAAGACGUGGUAGGGAACACGGGCAAGAACAAGCCUGGCUAUGCGAAAAUUCGCCUCUGCGGGGAACAAGCACAGCGAGAUGGCUUGCAGUACUUCUGGGUCGAUACUUGCUGCAUCAACAAGGCAAAUAAGGCUGAGCUGUCGCUGGCUAUUCAAUCUAUGUUUCGCUGGUACCGCGACGCAGCGCGAUGCUACGCCUACCUGUCAGACGUCUGCUUAUCGUCUUCUGAAGCGGAUACGACAUUAGAGGCGCCGGCCUGGGAAGCAGACUUCCGCAGAAGUGAGUGGUUCGUCCGCGGCUGGACGCUCCAGGAGCUUCUCGCACCAAGCUCGGUCGAUUUCUUCACACGAGAUUGGGAGAAGCUCGGUGACAGGAGAUCACUAGGGCAUCAGGUCCACGAGGUCACUGGCAUUCCGCAUUUAGCGCUGCAUGGAGCUGCGUUAUCUCAAUUUAGCAUCAACGAGCGGUUGCGGUGGGGUGAAUAUCGGCAUACCACACGUCCAGAAGACAAAGCAUACUCACUAUUAGGCAUUGUCGAUGUUGACUUGGCACCAUGCUAUGGCGAAGGUCUGGAUGGAGCGUUUAGGCGACUUCACGACGAGAUCGAUAAGACAAAACGAUGCAUCCAAGACUUACGCGACACAGACUCGCGUGACGACAAGAAGCGCAUUGAGGAUACGAAGGGCGGGUUGCUGAAAGACUCGUACUGUUGGGUCCUUCACAACAAUACUUUCCGACAAUGGCACGAAGACCCGCAGAGCCGACUGUUAUGGAUUAAGGGUGACCCUGGCAAGGGCAAGACGAUGCUGCUCUGUGGUAUUAUCGACGAGCUGCAAAGUUCGAUGCCUACUGUCAUACUUCUUCUGUCAAGCGACCGAUGGGCGCAUUAA